AUGCCCCAUGCGCCCGUCGCGCACGCCAUCCUGCCGGCGCUCAUGGAGCACGUCUCCUACCCCAUGUCCUUCUCCCCCCCGCCUUUAGCGGCGGCCUCAGCGCUGGCGGGGUCGAGCCAUGCGGCCGCAGCGGCCGCCGCGUCUCACGGCGGCGUGCCGGUGGUGAGCCUGGUGUCAGUGCUGGCGGGGGGCGGCACGGACGUGGCGGCGCUGACGCUGUUCGUGGGGCUGCUGUGCGCGUGCAUCGUGGUGGGGCACGUGUUGGAGGGCGUGCGAUGGAUCAACGACGCCGUCACCGCCAUCCUCUUCGUCAGUGCCCCGUCCCCUCCCCUGCACGCUCGCCCGCUGCUGCGCUUAACCAUAACGCGCGCAAUGCAUCCCCGCCUCUCCCCGUCCCUCGCCUCCCUGCUCCGCUGGCCCCCCUUGCGCUUUCUCCUCACUCCUUCCGUUCGCCCCUUUCGCGCCGUCGCCCUUUGCGUCUCGUCGUCGCGAGCAUCCAGUCGGCUCCGCGCUGCCUCCUCCUCUUUCCCCCCCUUCCCUCUCUCUCCCCUUCCACCUUUCCAUCCGCGCCAGGGCCUGGCGUCGGGCACGGUGGUGCUGUUCGUGCGGGGCGGCGCGAGUUCGAUGAUUCUCCGGUUCGACGAGGACCUGUUCUUCAUCUACCUGCUGCCGCCCAUCAUCUUCAACGCCGGGUUCCAGAUGAAGAAGAAGCAGUUUUUCCGCAACUUCGGGGGCAUCAUGGCGUACGGCAUAGCAGGGGUCUUCAUCUCCGUCUCCGUCAUCACUGCAGGUUGCAACUUCCUCUUCCCUCUCCUCGGCCUGCCUAUUCAACCCAGCCACAUAUACCUUGCGCUGGGAGUGAUCUUCUCCGCCACUGACUCUGUCUCCGUGCUGCAGGUCCUGGACCAGGAGGAGCAGCCGUUGGUGUACAGUCUGGUGUUCGGCGAGGGAGUGGUGAACGACGCCACGUCCAUUGUGCUCUUCCGGGCCGUGCAGCAGCUCGCCCUCUCGCCCGCCGCACACGCGCUCUCCCUCGCCACGCUGCUCAACGUCCUCUCUGACUUCCUCUACCUCUUCACCGCCUCCACCAUGCUCGGCGUUGCGCUAGGACUGCUAUCCGCAUACGUGAUGAAGACACUCUACUUCUCCAGCCAUGCGACGGAUCGGGAGAUAGCGCUGAUGGCGCUGAUGGCGUAUGCGUCGUACAUCCUGGCGGAGGUGCUGCGCCUGAGCGGCAUCCUCUCCGUGUUCUUCGCCGGCAUCGUCAUGAGCCACUACACCUGGCACAACGUCACUGAGAGCUCCCGCGUCACCACCAAGCAUGCGUUUGCAACGAUGUCGUUCAUAGCGGAGACGGUGAUAUUCAUGUACGUGGGCAUGGACGCCCUGGACUCAGAGAAGUGGACCAGCGUCAACGUCAGGGACACGUUUGUGCUGUUCACGCUGCUGCUGGGGCUGGUGCUGGCGGGGCGGGCAGCGUUUGUGUUCCCGCUCUCCGCCCUGCUCAACCUGCAGCGCAAACACUCACGCGCUCUGCGCCCCCCCCACCAGGUGGUCAUCUGGUGGGCGGGUCUCAUGAGGGGGGCUGUCUCCAUCGCCCUCACCUACUCUGCUUUUUCAGAGGAGGGAGAGGCCACGGCAGCCAUGCUCAUAGCGUCCACCAUAGCGCUCGUCCUCUUCUCUACUCUCCUCCACACUCAUCCGUUCCGUCACGCCUCACCGCUCGUCCCCCCCUUCCUUCCGUGCGCGCCCUGGGCAGGUGUUUGGGCUGCUCACGAGUCCGCUCAUAGACUACUUCCUGCCCUUCACUCUCCACCACAGUGCCAGCAACCACAGCGAAGGCCCCUCCUCGCCCAAGUACCUCCCCCACCCCCCAUCUCCCCCGCCUCUACCACUCUCUUCCUCGCUGCCUCGCCCUCCCUUCCCCCCUCUCGCUCGCGCCCCUUCUCUACCUCCACACCUGCCACCUCCGUGUCCUCUGCGCCCUCCGUGCCCGCCGCACCCUCUGCCCCCGACGCCGCACCUGCCGUGCCGUCCGCCCCUGUGCGCGCCACGCCUCCGCGGCCGCGGCUGCUGUACCCGCACGGGGCAGCGGGGCAUGUGGAGGGGGACAUGGUGGUGUGCUUGCCCGCUUCUUCCAUGGCUGGCCUGCCCAUGCCCGAUGCCCGCCUCGCUUCGCGCAUCCUCAGCGCACACGAGCGCGACCUGCACGACCUGUGGCGCUGGUUAGACGACACCUACAUGCGGCCUCUGUUUGGAGGACGGGGGUAUGUGGCCCCUGCCGCUCGCCCCUCGUCCUUCUCGCUCCCCCGGAGCAGCAGCGGGCUGGCUGGUGCUGCUGCUCGCAUGCUGCUGCAAGGGGGCGGCGGGGGCAGCAUGUUUGAACGGCUGGAUGCGAGGGCCGUGGCGGGCAGGGAGGAGGAAGGGGAGGUGAAGGAGGGCGAGGGGGAGGAGGAGGAGGGGGGAGAUGGGAUGGGGCGGGGGAGUCGGCGGGCGAGCUUUGUGCGGUUUGCAGAUGAGAUAGGCGAGGAGAGGAGGGAGGGGAGGGGGCGGUUGGAGGAGGAAGGGGAUGCGGUUGAGGGGGAGUGCCUGGCGGAAGAUGAUGUGGCGUGGCCCCACAAGAUGGGCCACAACCUGCCCCACCACCCCCACCAGCUGCACCACCACCACCACCAUCAUCACCAGCAGCAGCAGCAGCACCACCAGGGGAACCACCAGCAGCAGCAUGAGGGGCAGAAGCAUGGCAGUGAGUGGGAGGGAGAAGGUGAGGCUCCAUGGCGUAUUGGUGAGGAGCGCACCUAG